AUGCAAACUCCUACAAUUAAUCCUUUUAGAGAUGACUGUGAUGUAGCAAUUGUAGGUUUAGGACUUAGAUUACCUGGUAAUUCAAAUAGAACUUCUGAACUAUGGGAUAAUUUAUUAAAUGGUUUCGAUGGUAUCGUUGAAACUAACGAAAGAUGGAGCGAUACAUUUAAUGCAAUGGGUGAAAUUGCAAGUAAAGAAGCAGGUUUACUCGAACUUGAAGAGUGGAUGAAUUUUGAUCCAUUACAUUUCGGUAUUAAUCCAGCAGAGGCCAAACAAAUUGAUCCACAGCAAAGACUGUUGCUAAAAGCAACCUGGGAAGCAUUCGAAGAUGCUGGUAUAGAUCCAUUAACAUUAAGAGGCACACCAACAUCAGUGUUUGUUGGGGCUUCAGCAUCUGAUUACUCAUGGUCAAAUACUGAUCCAAAUGAAAAAUUGGUAAAUUUCAAUGUAUUCAAUUCAAACUUGGGUAGUAUUGCAAAUAGAGUUUCAUACUGUUUUGAUUUUCGAGGUACAUCAUUAACUGUAGACACUGCAUGUUCAAGUUCAUUAAAUGCAUGUGUAUUGGGAUAUCAAUCAAUAAUCAAUGGCAAUUCUGAUUACUCUAUUGUUGGUGGUUGUAAUUUUAUAUUAAAUCCACAAAUUUCUAAAGCAUUUACAUCAAUUAACAUUAUUGGUAAAUCUGGUAGAUGUAAUGUAUUUGAUGAAUCAGCAGAUGGUUUUGUACGUGCUGAAGGUGUUGCUGUUUUAAUUCUAAAAAAGCUAUCACUUGCACAAGCUGAUGGUGACCAAAUUUAUGCAGUCAUAAGAGGUUGUAAUUCAAAUGUUGAUGGUACAUUAAAUAAAGGUAAUUUUAUGAAGCCAUCAAAAACAGCUCAAACAAACAACAUUAUCAAAGCAUUUGAAUCAACUAAAGGCUCACUCCAAUAUUCAGACAUUGAUUUCUUUGAAGUACAUGGUACUGGAACACCAAUUGGCGAUCCAAUUGAAGUAGAAGCCGUAGCAGAUGUAUUUAAAUCAGUUAAAACACCUGACAAUCCAUUGCUAAUUGGCUCAAUUAAAAGCAAUAUUGGUCAUCUUGAACCAGCAUCAGGUGUCGCAUCAUUAGCCAAGUGUUGUUUAAUGUUAAAAAACCGUCAGUUUGUAAAAAAUAUUCAUUUUGAAAAACCAAAUCCAAACAUCAAAUUUGAAGAAUGGAAUGUCAAAGUUUGUACAGAAAACACUGAAUUCCCAAACAAUAAACAAGUAUCAGUCGCAAUCAACAGUUUCGGUAUUACUGGUUCAAAUGUAUGCAUUCUUUUAACUGAAUAUAACAGUGAUAUUAAUUUUACAAACCAAACCAACACCAAAAUUGGAAAAAAAGUUUUAAUUCCAAUUUCAGCCAACUCUAAAAACUCGCUAAAGUUACUCAAAGAGGAAUUGAAAACCAAUUCAAUAUUAUACUCAAAAUCCAUAGAUUUUAAAGAUUUCAUUUAUAACCAAUUAUAUUCGAAAUCAACACAGCUUGUCCAAAGAUCAGUAUUUAUUGCGAGCGAUUUCGGUGACCUUAAUUUAGAAACAUCAUCUAUUUCAUCAAACAGCACUAUAUCUGGUAACAUAUUAAAAUCAAAUGUCAAAGAUAACAGUAGUCAAACACCAUUAAUAUAUGUUAUGUGUGGUCAAGGUCCACAAUGGAAUGGUCAAGCUAUCAAACUGUAUAUUAAAGAACCAAUUUUCAAGAAAUCAAUGGAUACUAUCAACUCAAUACUAUCAAAGUACUUUGGCUAUUCAAUAUUAUCAAAACUAAGAUCAAUUAAAGAUAAUGACAAUAAUACUAUUAACGAACCAACCGUUGCACAACCAUCAAUAUUUAUGUUACAAGUUUCAUUAUAUGAUUUAUACAAACAUUGGGAUAUCAAACCAUCAAUUAUCCUUGGUCAUUCAUUUGGUGAAGUUUCAGCUGCUUAUUGCUCUGGCAUGAUUACAUUAGAAACAGCAUGUGAAAUUAUUUAUCAAAGAUCUACACUUCAAAACAAGACUAUUGGAUCUGGUAAAAUGUUAGCUAUUGGUUUAAACGAACAACAAUUUAAAGAUCAAUUUUCAUCAAAGUAUCCAACAAUCGAAAUCAGUUGUUACAACUCACCAUCAUCAAUUGUUAUUUGUGGUAAUGAAUCCGAAGUUAAUGAAAUCGGACAAACCCUAAAAGAGAAACAAGUAUUUUCAACACUAUUAGGGUCACCAUCAUCAUUCCAUUCAUCAAAACAAGAAGUUAUUAAAGAUGAAAUAAUAAAAUUAACUAAAAACAUUAAAUCAAAGAAACCAAACAUUCCAAUAUUUUCAACAGUUACUGGUGAACUAUUUAAAUUAGAAGACUCUCAAUUCGACUCCAACUAUAUUUAUAACAACAUCAGACAACCAGUAUUAUUCCAAAAAGCAAUCGAGAAUAUAUUUAAAUAUAUCGAAUCAAAUGAACUUGGAAAUAGAGUGCAGUUUUUAGAAUUAUCACCACAUCCAACAUUAGUUAACUAUAUAAAAGAAAUGAUACCAUCAAAUUCUGAUUACUUUCAAUCACAAUCAAUAUAUGUUUUAUCAUCAUUAAAUAGAAAAACAAACAAAGAUAUGGCAGAAAUUAGAAAAUCAAUUUCACAAUUAUAUUGCAAUGGUUAUAAUGUCAAUUUUAAAUGUCAAUUACCAAAACCCAAAACUUUUGAAAAAUUAAAUUUUAAAAAAGCAUCCUAUUUAUUACCACGUUAUAAAUGGGAUGAUGAUAUAUAUUUCAAUCAAAGUCCAACAUACUCAACAUUUAAAACAAAUGGUGCUUCUAUUAAUCAACUCGGAUAUAAAAAUGAACAAUCUCCUUUUAUAUCAUAUACAUCCUAUAUUGAUGUUGGUGAAGAACCAUAUAAAUUCUUAAAAGGCCAUCAAGCAAAAAAUAAAGCAAUUCUUCCAGGGUGUGCUUAUCUUGAUAAUAUCUUAAAGUGUUUCCCAAAUCAAGAUAUAACUAUAAACAUAUUAGAAUUUAAAUCACCAUUAAUGCUAAUUGAAGGUGUCAAGCAAUGUUUAUCAACAAAUAUUUACCAAUCAGGGAAAAAUGAAUAUAGGGCAGUUUUUCAUUAUAAAGACAUUAAAACUGGUAAAUGGAUAUUAUCUGCACAAGGUAGAUUCUCAAUUACUAAACAUAAUACAGUUCCUCAAAAAGUAAAUAUGAAUAAAUAUAGAGAAAAAUGUAAUUGGACCAAACUACAAAAAAAAGAAUUAUACGAAGCAAUCAAAGAAAUGGCAGAAUUAAACUUAACAGGUUCAUUCCAAAGUAUUGAAGAAGUGUUCUAUGGUAAUGAUGGGGCAUUCCUUAAAAUCUCCCUAAAUCCGCCACUUUCCAGCUAUGAUAAUCAAUCAUUUUUAAAUAUAUGUAUUCUUGAUGCAUGUUUCCAAUCUUUAGCAGUCUACAAGAAACAUCCUAGUCUUACAGUAUUUGAUAAUAUACAAAGAGCCCAAUUCUUUUCAGAAAAUAUACCAAAAUCAGCAAUGGAAAGAGAUAAAUAUAAAUAUGUUUAUUGCUAUACAGAAUUUAUUGGCACUAUUUGUGACUCAUUUAUUGCCAGAAUAUUAAUGACAUUAGAAGAUGGAACCAUAUUAUUUAUUUGUCCUGCUGCAACUUACACAUCAAUAACACCAACAAUUGAUAAUUUCAAAUUUGAAAAUCCAAACAACCAUUUAUUAUCCACUGUCCAACAAUCUAAAGACUCACUAUUAGAGCUACCGUCAACAUAUUUAAAAAAGAAACUUAAUGAACUUAUUUCGUCUAUAGAUAAUAGAAAAGCAAUAGUUAAAUUUUUAUAUUUAAAUAUUAAAAAUAACUGCCAAAACAAUAUACUUUUGGAAGAUAUUACAUCCAACUCAAAUGAAAUCUUAAUUUCUAAAUAUCUCAAAGUUUCAGAAACUGAUGGUACACCAAAGAUGAAUAUAGCAAAUUUAUUCUUUGAAAUUCUAAAGGUCAAUAAAUUAUUACUAUCAGAUUUGUAUGAAGAAAUCUCAAUAUUAAAUACCAAAGAUAUCAACACAAUUAACAAUAUAGUUAAAAUUCUAUUAAAUGAAACUCCAACUCCAACUGAGCAAGAUUCCUCAACUUUAUUAACAUCUUUUAUUCCAGAAAUCCCACACAAUCAAAUUAUAAAAGAAAUCAUUACAGCCUCAAUUACACCAAUUAUUAACGAAAAGAUUGUUUUUAGAAUAUUAGAGGUUGGUAGUGGUAUUGGUUUAUUAUCUGAAAUAAUUGCCACCGAAAUCAACUCAUUAAUUGAAAAAAACCCACUUUCAGAAAUCAAUAUUGAAUUUACAACUUCAGAUAAAGAAAAUACCUUUGCACAAUUACUUAAAGAGAUAUUACUGCCAAUUUUUGAACUUAAUAAUAAAUCAACUAAGACCUUAUUCAAAUUAAUAGACUUAGAUCAAGAUCUGUUGGAUCAAAAAAUCAAUCCUUCCUAUUAUGAUAUUAUAAUUAUAACCAAUUUAUCAGACAUCCAAGAUAAGAAUUCAUCUAUUAAAAAUAUCAACCAAAUUUUAUAUCCAAAUGGUUAUUUAAUUAUAAUUGAUACACUCUUUAAACCAAAGACAACUGAUAAAGAACUAGAAACAUAUAGACAAUGGUUGUCAUCCAAUUGCCUAAAUUCAACCACAAACAUCGAUGAAUGGAAACAACUAUUAGUUACAGAGUUAGGCUUUAAAGACUUUAUAUCAACAAAAUCCCCACAGCAACUUAUUGUUACAGCCCAAAAACCAUCAAUCAUGAAAAUAAGUAAAGAUAUAUCAAAAGAAGAUCAAUUUCAAUCAAUAUUAGAAUCCUAUGACCAAAUUAUUAUCUUUGGUCUAUAUUUAGAUAUUAUUGAUUCCGAAAGAGGAAAUGAUAUUGAACAAGGAAAUAAUAUAUUUAAAAUCAAAUCAAUUGAAGAAUUUAGAAAACAUGCAGAAUCAACACCAUUAACCGAAAAAUCCAUAAUAUUUUCAAUUGACACCAUAAAUGAAUUAAAAGAAGAAAACUUUAAAGAAAUAACUUUUGGCUAUAUCGAAAUAAAUCAACAUUUAUUAAAGACUAAGUGUAAAUCCAAACAUAUACUUGUAUCAAGGAAUGCUCAACAUUAUCCAACCAAUACAUUAGCAUCAUCAGUUAUUGGAGCAUUUAGAUACUUUUGCGAAUUCUCAGAGCUAAAUAUCUAUUCAUUUGAUUUUGGUUCGGAUAUUUAUGAUAGAGGAGUAAAAGACUUUAUUAUAUAUAAUGAUCUAACCAAUCCUACCAAGCAUAUACAAAGGGAAUAUAUUAUUAGAGGGGACCAUAUUUUUUUUGAAAUCAUUAAAAAAGAAACCAACCUCAAAUUAAAAUACGAAUCAACUUCGUAUAUAGAAAAUAAAAAAGAUUUAAUAGCAAGAUUGGAUGGUCAUACUUUAGAAUUCAAACUUGAAGCCAAAAGAAUAGAUCUUUUAGAAAAUGAAAUUGAAAUUCAAGUAAAGGCAAUUGGUAUCAACUUUAAAGACAAUUUGGUCUAUCGUGGUUUGGUCCCAAAAGAAGCCAUGAGUGAAAAAGGUGAUCAUAAUAUGCCAGAAAUAGGUUAUGAAUGCAGUGGAGCUGUAACAAGAAUAGGGAACAAAGUUAAUAAAUUUAAAGUAGGUGAUAAAGUUUUAGGUCUUUGUUUUUGCUCCUCGUCAUCCCAUGUAAUUGCAAAUCAAGAUAGAUUUGUUUUAAAACCAAAAAACAUCUCAUUUGUUGAAGCUGCCUCCAUACCUCUAGUUUAUUCAACAUCUUAUUACUCUUUAUUUUGUAGAGGUAAUUUAAAUAUGGAUUUAAACGAAACUGUAUUAAUUCAUUCUGGUACUGGUGGUAUUGGAUUAGCAUGUAUUGAGUUAUUAAAAGCAAUGGGAUUCAAGUCAUUAUUAUUUGUAACAGUUGGCUCAAAAGAAAAAGAACAAUAUCUACGUAACACCUAUGGUGAUUUUAUUACUGGAAUCUAUUCAUCAAGAAGCACUGAUUAUGUUCAAAAAAUUAAACAAAAGAUUUCAGAACAUAAAAACAUUGAAAUAUCAGUCUUUACCGAACUUGGAGUUUCAGAAUUGGGUGUAGAUGUUAUUAUAAAUACUUUACCUGUUGAAUUUAUGGAGGCAAAUUUUAACGCUUUAGCUCAAGGUGGCCGAAUUGUAGAUCUUAGUGUAACCCAUUUAAACUCUAGAGAAACUACAGAUUGGACAAAAUUUAAAUAUUUUAUAUCCUAUUCAACUUGUGAAGUAAUGCAAUCUGGUUUCAAUAAGGCCAAACCUUUUUUGCAAAUCAUUACAGAUAUGAUCGAAAAAGAAAAACUAUCAUUAAUACCAAUUAAAGAAUAUCCCAUUACAAACAUUAAAGAAGCAAUAGAAUACAUAUCUGAAAGAAAGCAUAUUGGUAAACUCGUUGUUAACUAUGAAUCCACACCAGAUUUAAUCCAAGAUACAAUCAAUAAAUCAAAUGAUGAAUUUGAAAAGAGUUUUUUAGUGCCAUCACCAUCAUACCAAGUUGAUAUCAAUAGAUUUGGUAAAACAAUACUCCUAACUGGUCAAAAAGGUUUAUCAUUAACUAUUAUCAAAUGGCUUCUUAUUUACAACUCCAAAAAAGAAGAACAAGCAAUUAAAAAUAUUAUAGUUUUAUCAAAGUCUCCAAUCAAACAUGAAUUAGAAAUUAUUAUAGGAAAAGCAAGAUUGAAAUCCAAUGUUAAAAUUUAUUUUAAACAAGUUGAUAUAUCAAAUAAAGAUCAAAUAGACCAAAUAUUUGAACAACUUAACAAAGAUCCAAUAUUAGAUCCAAUUGAAACAAUUUUUCAUAAUGCAUUUAUUCCUGUUCAAUCCGAGGCCCAAGAAAUUGAUAUGCAACAAUUAAUAGACUCCCACGGCGCUAAGACUAUUGGACUAAUUAAUUUAUACAAUGCUGUAUGUUCAAAAGGUUUGGUUCUGAAAAAUUUGGUAUUGGCUUCUUCCAUUGCAACAACAUUAGGGGGUCAUCGUCAGUGUGGUUAUGUUUGUGCUAAUGCAGUUUUAGAUUCAUUUUCAAAAGUAUUAAGAAAACAAGGGGUACCAUGUAUUUCAAUUAAUUUUUCACCAAUUGAACAUGGUGGAUAUGUUCACAGAAAUGAAGGUGUUCAAAAGCUUAUUCAAUCACAAGGUUUAGAUUUAAUUUCUACAAACUUAGUUAUAGGAACUAUAGAUUUAGUGCUUCAAAAUCAAGAUCACUUAAAUAACAAGAUCCUUGCACAAUUUAAUCAUUCCUCUUUUAACAAAACAUUCAAAAGCAACCUACUUUCAUAUAAAUUGGAAUUUUGUGUAAAUUCAAACCAAUCAAGUAAUGAUGAAUAUGGCGAUAGCGAUGACGAACUAUCGAUUAGAGAGAAAAUACUAAACAAAUUUAGUGAGUUCUUGGCUAUAGACCCUUCAAAGGUAAAUGUAGAUAUUCCUUUAAGAGAUUACGGGAUUGAAAGUAUGUUGGUUGUGGAGCUCAAAAAUUGGUUAGAAAAAUCAUUUGUACCAAAUAUUUUAACAAUAUCACAGCUACAAAUAACAACAAUUAGUGGGUUGGUAGUUGCUGUCAAAAACGCUCUUAAUAGAUCAAACAAUAGUAAUAAUAGUAAUAACAAUAGUAACAAUAAAAAGAAAACCAAUCAAAAGAAAGACCAGCAACAAAAUAACAAAACAAAUAUCGAAUGGGAAAAUGAAAUAUUAUUUGAUAAAUCAACAACAUUACCAACUCAAAAACAAAUUAUAGAAUAUAAAGAAUCAAUCUUAGCAAACAAUAAUGAAAAUAUUUUAUUAUUAACUGGUGCAACAGGUUAUCUUGGUAUAUAUCUAUUAAACAAUUUAAUUAAAAAAUCAAGUGUAAAGUUAGUUUAUUGCUUAGUUAGAAAUAGAACCAAAGAUGAAGCUAUGAAAACAAUAAUUCAACUAUUAAAAGAACAUCAAAUAUUUAAUAAACUUUCACAACACCAAAUUAAUAAAAUUCAAAUUGUAGUUGGAGACUAUUCAAAAGAUUUAUUUGGUAUAGAAUGCAGCAAUGAAUACACACUACUUUCAGAACAAGUUCAUAUGGUUGUAAACUGUGCAAUGGAACUACAUCUAAAAAAGAACUACAUAGAUCUAAAAGAAUCAUUAAAUGGUGUAAAACAAUGUAUAAAAUUUGCAAGUCAUAAUAAACUAAAAAAAAUUAUACAAUUCUCUUCUCUUGGGAUGUAUUCAAAUAUUGAAAAUAUAGAAGGCCCCUACCCAGAUUAUUAUAUACCUCCAGCAACCAAAGAAUCAAUGGAAUGUGGUAUUAUGAAUGGUUAUCUUCAAUUAAAAAUCGUGGCUGAAUAUCAUAUUAAAUAUGCUUCAUCCAAAGGUGUUCCAUCAAUGAUCAUCCGUUUACCAUUCUUAUUCUCUGAUACCGAUACUGGUAUAGGUAGGCCAAUAGACUUAUUCCAAACUUUUAUUCAAUCAAGUUAUUUAAUGAGUGUUUACCCAAAAGAACUUCAAAAUAAAAAAAUGCAUACCAUACCAGUUUCAUGGGCCUCAAAAACUAUAUCAUUUAUGAUAUUCAAUUGUUGGAAUCUUCAAACCCCAUUCGAAAAUUUACAAUGCUUUAACCUUCCAGGAGACCCAAUGCCAUUAGGUGAUAUACUUGAAUCAUUAGAACCUAAUUUAGCUUGGAGAAAGUUACCAUCACUUCAAUUUGUAAAGAAAUUAGCAAUUUAUAAUAAUGAACAAUGUAAAACCCUAUUACCAUUUAUCAGUGGUCAGGAUUUCCUCAGAAAUAUAAUAAUCAAUUUUCCUUUUAAACUAAGUGACCAAUUAAAACAAAUGUUAAUUUCAAAUAAUUUAAAUAAAGGUUCUGGUGUCACAAAACAAUCAAUUUUAAAUCAUUUAAGCUACACUUUUAAAAAAAAAGUUUUUUAA